ACACAGACUUCACGCACACGCCGGCCGGCCGGCUUGCUCUCCUCAUCCUCACCGGCGACGGCUGCGGCGCGCGGGCGUCAAUCCUCGUCCCCAGCCACUCAUUCAGUGCCCCAGCCUAGCGCUCUCCGUCGGAUCGCGUGAGAGAGAGAGAGAGUGUGUGUGUGUGUGUGCGCGCGCGCUAGGUCGAGUCGGGCGGCGGCGGCGAUGGCGGACGCGGGCGACCGGCGCGAGUACAGCAUCAUCGUGCCCACCUACAACGAGCGCAUCAACGUCGCGCUCAUCGUCUACCUCAUCUUCAAGCACCUCCCGGAUGUCAACUUUGAGAUCAUAAUUGUGGAUGAUGGAAGCCCAGAUGGAACUCAAGACAUCGUAAAGCAGUUGCAGCAAGUAUAUGGUGAAAAUCGUGUCCUGCUGCGAGCUAGGCCAAGGAAGCUAGGACUUGGUACUGCAUAUUUACAUGGAUUAAAGCAUGCUUCUGGGGACUUUGUUGUUAUCAUGGAUGCUGACCUAUCCCACCACCCCAAAUACUUGCCAAGCUUCAUUAGGAAGCAAAAGGAAACUGGUGCUGAUGUUGUAACUGGCACCCGCUAUGUUCAGAACGGUGGUGUUCAUGGUUGGAAUCUCAUGCGCAAGUUGACUAGCAGGGGAGCGAAUGUUCUUGCACAAACAUUACUGCAGCCUGGAGCUUCUGAUUUGACUGGAUCAUUCAGGCUUUAUAAGCGGGAUGUCUUGGAAGAUUUAAUCUCCUCAUGUGUCAGCAAGGGAUAUGUUUUCCAAAUGGAGAUGAUUGUUAGGGCUACCAGGAAACAUUAUCACAUCGAAGAGGUUCCAAUUACUUUUGUUGAUAGGGUCUUUGGAACUUCAAAACUUGGUGGAUCUGAGAUAGUUGAAUAUUUGAAAGGCCUUAUCUAUCUGCUGCUCACUACAUAGGAAAAAAAAACAAACAAGUCAUGAUAUAGGAAUUUAUUAUGUUAUAUCUACAGUUUUGAGUUGCAUGAAUUACUGACGCGUUCUGAGUUGCCAGUGGAUUCACGUACAAUGUCUUCUUUGGUGUAUAAGUACACUUAGCAUGGUGAUUUUGCCAUAAAUCUCAUGUUUUGUUUUGUUUU